AGGCCUUCCUUUUAUUUUCAGUCCUUUCCCCACGAGGACAGAGCACCCCAGUAGCCUGAACGUAGGAAGAGAAGCUAGGCUGAGGGGGGAAUCCUGGAGGGAGCACCUCCUCUUCCUCCUCCUCUUCCUCCUCCUCCUAGACACUGCCGGUCUGUUUCUGGCUCUCCUCCCGGGCAGGACCCGGGAUCACCAGGACCAAGAAGCGGUUCCGUUGGAUCCACAGAUGCCCAGCUAGCCCUGAGAAUUGGAGAAGAGAGUUGGAAGAGACCUUUCAGGGUGGCCAGUGCUCCCUGCCCCUUUUUACAGAGGAAGAAACUGAGAACCAGCUCAAGGUCACAUAACAAGUGAGUCUUCAGGAUGUUUGCCAAAGCCACCAGGAACUUUCUCAGAGACACUGACCCAGGAGGGGACUUGAUCCCAAUGUCGAGCCUGAAUGACUCAGAUGGCUUAGAGCUUCUGAGUCUGUUGGUGAAGAAAAAGAGGUUUUGGUUUUGGCAGAAACCCAAGUAUCAGUUUUUAUCAGCCACUAUCAAUGACAUCCUGACCAAAGAUCAGUUUCUGAACCCAGUUGUGGUCGAGUCAGACUUCGUGAAGUAUGAGGGGAAGUUCGAAGAUGUCGUGAAGGGCACUAUAGAGACUGCCCUGGGGAAGAUCACCCUGAACGCAGGAGGAUCGGGCACGGUGGAGAGACAGUCUUCCUUUGGGACGCUUCGGAAACAGGAGGUGGACCUGCAGCAGCUCAUCAGGGAGGGUGUGGAGAGGACAAUAAAUCUGAAAAGUCCUCUGCUGCAGCAGGUUCUGGAAAGGAACAAUGAGGUCCUGUGCAUCUUGACACAAAAGAUUGUGACGACUCAAAAGUGUGUGAUCUCUGAGCACGUCCAGAUAGAAAAGAAAUUUGGCGGCAUGGUGGGCCUCAAGACCAAGAGGGUGCAGGUUUCAGUGAAUGAAGAUGGGAAUGUGACAAGAGACUUCAACGUGGUCCUUGAGAUCCCAGCAUCCACCACCAUUGCCUACAGGAUCCUGGAGCUGUAUGUCAAGAAGGAUGGGCAGUUUGAAUUCUGCUUGCUGCGUGAGAAACGAGGUGGCUUUGAGCAAGAGGAUACAGAUGGCCACAAUCACUUGGAUACUGGAAAUUUGGGAGAGUUCACCUACCCUUUUGUGCUGGACUCUGUGGAUGGGAAUUCUGAGGCUGCAAAAUUCAUGCCUACUGAGGGGCCAUUAAGCUCCUUAAAACACGGGAUACUGCUCUUGGAGAGGAAUUUCCGUCCCUUUGUGGCGCUGUCAGGGCAACACCAAGCAGCUCUGUGUGAAAUCCUCUGGGAAAUCCUGUUCAAUGAUGAAUUGGUGGUGGUCCUGGACACCGUGCUCAAUGACGUCUUCGAGGGUGGCAGCGCACAAUUGACGAUGCUCACAGAGCUGAGCCAUCUCCAACAGCAGCAGCUCACUACCUUCCUGGGGCUGGCGGGACUCCAAGUGCAGAAGGAUUUGAAGGUGUGGCGGGAUCCCCAGAGCGAUCAGGAGCUUCUGUCUGCCAUCCACUUCUUCAUCAGUGCCCUGGCAGAGAUGCCAGACAACGCUCCAGCCUUGAUGGGCACUUGCUGCAAGCUCCGCAUGGUAUCGGCUUUGUGUCACUUGCUUCAAGUGACAUCUGCUGAUGGCUUUUCUGAACUGGGAGAUCCGCACCUGGCCCCCCUUGAGGACGCAGAGAGAUUUGAGAUUGUGCAGGAGCUGUUUGCGUUAUCCAACAUCAGCCUGGAAAGAAAGGAGUCGACUGUGAAAGCCAUCAUCACUAAGGAGCCCCGGUACCUUCCCCUCGUUCUUUACAUAAUCCUGAGCGGCCUUUGUGCUUUGGAAGGAAAAGGCAAGUGAUGCCGGGUCAGGUAGAGGCCCAAGUGAUGCGACUGCUGGGCGUCCGGUCCCGCACGCACCAGCGAGCCCCACCUCCAGAACCUUUCAUUCCAAAACACUGACCUCACCAGACCAAUGACCACAAGGUGAUUUUCCCGCAUUCGCUAGGGCUCCCUUUUACAGGACAACAUGGCAGGGUUCCCCUUUUGGUAAAAGCCUCCUAACAUUUUCAACACCGGAAUCACAAAAAUCCAACUAGAAAAGCGCAGUCUGUGUGGAGGUGGUCUGAGCACCUGCGCCUUGCCCAUUCAGGGCACUAGGCCCCAGCACAGAUUGGGGAGGUGGCCAGCCUGUCUCUCCCCCCUCACCACCCUAAGGGAAGGAGGACACUUCUGUUCUUCCAUUGAGAUGACAUCUGUCUGGUGGAGACUGACAAAGGACCUGGAGUGUGCAGAGACUCCCUAGGUCACUUAUGGGACAACCUCCCAGCAGAGUCCUGCCUUCCUCUUUGAUCCUGACAGUGCAUCAUCGAGAGAUCAUGUGGGCAUGUGUACAGUCUACAGUGGUCUUAUUUCCCCUUGCAUUCCAGAUGUUUAAUGUAUAAAACUGGGACUAUAA